UUAGUUCAUCGUCUUGUUCAUCAUUUAGCUUUGAACCCUCACAAGAAACUCGGGAGAUGAUUGAAUUGGCUCGAUCUUUCACCCGAGAGAAGAUCAUUCCAAUCGCUGGUGAACAUGAUAAAACCGGUGAAUUUCCAUGGAUCUUAUUGAGAAAAUUCAUUCUCUCGGUUUGAUGAAUUUCUUUAUUCCAUUGGAUUAUGGUGGCCUUGGUGUUGAUUUUGUUGAUAGUUUAUUAAUUCAAGAGCAAUUGGGUUAUGGUUGCACGGGGAUUAGUAUGGCGAUGGCUUUGAAUGGAUUAACGGGAUCGUCGAUAGUUAAAUAUGGUUCAAUUAGACAGAAGGAAAAAUAUUUAACUCAUUUAGCAAAAAAACCUUCAUUUACUGCCUUUUGUGUUACCGAACCGGGAACGGGAUCAGAUGUGGCCGGAAUUCAGACCUCAGCUAAACCAGUUUCACCCACUGAGUGGGUACUUAACGGUGAAAAGGCCUGGAUUAGUAACGCGUCAACGGCUGAUGUUUACUGUGUUCUCGCUCGAUCCGCUCAAUCAGCCGAUGUCCGACCAAGUCAAGCAUUCACCAUGUUUCUAAUUGAUAAAGGUACACCCGGUGUGAGAAUUGGUAAAAAAGAGAUCAAUCUAGGCCAAAGAUGCGCCGACACCCGAUCAAUUAGUCUGGAUAAUGUUAAACUAACAAGUGAAUCAAUUCUUGGAUCAAUUGGUGAAGGUUUCAAAAUAACAAUGGCCGCUUUUGACUAUCAACGUCCAAUAUUAGCCUGUAAUGCAGUCGGUUUAGCUCAACGGGCUCUCGACGAGGCCACUAAAUAUGCCUUGGAAAGACAAGCCUUUGGAAAACCAAUCGCUAAUUACCAAGCAAUACAAUUUAAAUUGGCAAACAUGGCCAUAGGAAUUGAAUCAGCUCGUCUUGUUUACAUGAAGGCCGGUUGGGCCUAUCAAACGGGCCAACCGAUCACUCUUUUGGCCUCAAUCGCCAAGACAUUGGCCGCCGAUGUGGCCAACCAAAGUGCCACUGAGGCUGUUCAAGUGUUCGGUGGGUCGGGAUUCAACAGUGAUUAUCCGGUGGAAAAGCUUAUGAGAGAUGCUAAAUUGUUUCAUAUCUACGGUGGUACAGUUGAAAUUCAACGAAUGGUAAUCGCUCGAGAGAUAAUUAAAAAAGUUUCUUCCAACCAAUAACCAAAACAAUCAACUAUCUCUACAAUUGGGAACAAUUAAAACUAAUCAUUAACAAUUUAUACUCGAUUCUAGAAAAAUAAUACGAAAAAAUUAAUUUGUUAUCAAUUUACAAAGUUUAAUUUCUGUAAAAUUGUAAAUAUCACAACGAUUAGAGUUUAAAAUGUACUUUUAUUAAUAUUUAAAUAUUGGAAUCAAGAGUUUGAGUGAUUAACUAAAUCUCAACAAAUUGUAAAAAAUAUUUCAAUCAUUUUAAUCAUAAUCAAAGUAAUAACAGUGAAUUUUUUUUAAUUCAUGUUAAUCACUGUUUUCCCAUCAGAAAAUUUUGUUUUUUAUCAUAAUAAUAAUAAAAUAAUAAAGUUGAUUAGGUUUGGAUUACUAUAAA